AUGGAUUCCACCUUCCUUCCUUUCAUCAUCCUCCUUCUCCUCCUCUCUUUCUCUAUAAUCUCUGCUGCCAAUUCCAUUCCAAAAGCCCUAAUUUUCGGGCAACACCUCACCUCCGAACCCACCACCACCACCACCACCACCACUAACGGCAUCCCACCCACCACUUGCUUUGAAGUAACGAAACCAAUCCAACUCCCUAACACAAAACCCUGCUCAACUCUUCUUCUACAACAUGAUUUCGGAAACAGUUAUGGCAUCCCACCAGCUUCCGCCCAAUAUACCCGACCUUCAAAUUGCCCAUCAAACGAUUUUGCUAAAAUUGUUCUCGAGUGGAAUGUUACAUGUAAAGGUCGUCAGCUCGAUAGGAUUAUUGGGAUUUGGCUCAGCGGCGUUGAACUGUUCAGAAGCUGCACAGCUCAACCUAGAGCUAGAGGGAUUUUUUGGACUGUGAAGAAGGACAUUACUAGGUAUUAUUCAUUGCUUAUGUCCAAUCAAACACAAACCCUGGCUGUUUAUUUGGGAAAUAAGGUUGAUAGUAAUACAAAUGGUGUAUACCAUGUGAAUGUUAGUAUUCAUUAUUAUCCCCCUGAGAAGAAAACCAAAACCAACACGGAAACGACAACUCUACAUGUUAAUUCAGAUCAAGAUGAUGGGUAUAAGGAAUGGGCUGAUUUGAUUAUACCCAUUUCACAAAACUUACCAUUGAACGAUGCAUUAUGGUUCAAAAUCUAUAAUUUAAAUGAUGUAAAGACAAAACAGUUUGCGAUUCCCCCAAAUGCAUAUAGGGCUGUUCUUGAAGUGUAUGUUUCAGUUGAUGAAGCCGAUGAGUUGUGGCCUAAAAAUCUCCCUAAUGACUAUAUUUCUUCUAAUAAUAUAACUGGGCAACCUGGUAAUGGACCUUUUAGAGAGGUUAUUGUAAGUUUAGAUGGAAAAAUAGUUGGUGUAGUUUGGCCUUUGACUGUAGUUUUCACAAAAAGUAUUAAUCCGUACUUAUGGGGACAAAUUAUGGCGAUUGGAUCAUUUGAUCUCCCUUCAUAUGAUAUUGAAAUCACUCCAUUUCUCGGAUCACUUUUAAAUGGAAAACUCCAUGAUUUUGCAUUCAGUGUUACAAAUGGUUUAAAUGUUUGGUUAAUUGAUGCAAAUUUACAUGUAUGGUUGGAUGCAAAGAGUGAAAAGACAAAAGGGAUGCUUUUGAAUCAAACCAUCUCUCCACUUCAUGAAUCUUUGAAGUCCAAUUUCAAGGGUUUUAAUGGGACAUUCGUUACUAGUGUCCAGAGGUCAAUAAAGUCAAGUGGAUGGGUAGAAACGUCAUUUGGUAAGAUAGUAACCGAGUCAACUCAGGAUUUCAAUUUGAGUAACAUCAUGGUGAUGGGGAAUGAGGGGCGUUCACAAACUGUGAACCAAACAAUCGAGUUUAUCGACAUUGUGGAUUCCAAGAUUGCAUCUUCAUUUCAUAACACUAAAUCUUUAAAAUCUUUUUAUUUUUAUUUAUACUCGGAGAGAGUGGACAAUGGAGACCGAAACCAAGAGGAGGUGGAGAAUGUUACUUUGGGUUUCAAUGAGAAAAAGAUUGAUAAUUUCGGUUCUAAAUCUUCAUCAAGUGUUCUUGAAAACUUAAAAAAUAUUCAAGGUUCGAUGAUUUUGAAGGAUAAUGUUGCGUUUACUGGUAUAGGGAGUUCCCAACAGAACUAUAGUUAUAGUGAUGAUAAAUUAUGCUAUUUUAGGAACAUAAGUCGCGUAACUUUCACAAUUAUUUAUGAUAAAGAGGGUGAUACAUGCAGUAAACCAAAAAAAUCAAGAUUCGAUUUUCAACGGGUAAAAAAUGGCAUUUUCCUGCUUGAAGAACUUUUCUAG